AUGAGACCUAAAAAUAAAAAACGAAAAGCCCUCCAUGAACCCGCGGUAGAUGAAUUCUCUCAGAGACCAGCUUUUAAGCUGCAUGCUUUAGAUGAUCUUGACGACCUAGACGACGGCAAUGAUAUGGACUUUGACGUGUUUGGGACUAAAGGCUCCGAUGACGACGCAGGCGAUAUCAGUAUACAAAGCCCACCAGCUAUUGCGGCGAGGUGUCCUAUGUGUCGUGAAGUAGUCGACGCCGAGCUUCUAGCGAAGCAUUCAGACCACGGCAGAAUGAACAUAAAGAAACAGGCAGCAUUCUGCAGACUACACAAGCGGCGAGCAGCGUCGGAUUCCGGAACUCGGAAAGGAUAUCCCAAGGUUAAUUGGGAGAAGCUCGAUACACGAUUAGACAUGUACCAAGGUUUAUUGAAAGAAAUCUUGGAAGGUACUCGAAAAUCACACUAUUGCGAAUUAUUACGAGAGAACGUGGAAGCGGGAAAGAAUCGAACGUUACUCAAGACCGAUGACAGCCUUACACCAGGUUACUAUGGGCCGCAUGGACUCCGCGUUAUGACUGAGUAUAUCUUGCGGACUUUAUCGUCAGUUAUUCGAAAGCGUGCAAUUGAAGACAGACUCGUUUCCGCCAGAGGUUAUACAGGAUAUGUUCAGGCAGUGUUAGUGCCUGAGUUAGCCGUCCGCCUAAUCAUGGAGGACAUGGACAUUCCGGAGGAAAAGGCGCGGGAUAUCAUGCUGGAAAGUAUCGAUGUCGGAGAGCUCUUAUAUGAAGACUCUGGUGAUGUUAUUGCCGGGGUUAGUGAUGAAGAGGAAAUAUGA